CAGCAUAGAAGAAGAACGCUUAAAGUAACUGUUUUUAGCGCAUCGUUCAAAAAAGCUUGGGCGAAAUUUGAUUUCAUUUAUAAAUUUCACGAUCGCUUUUGAAAUGUUUUCAAAUUAUAAAGUGUUACAGAUCAAUGCGCGGGCGACUCCGCCACAGGAUAAAGGAUCGUUUCCCACUGUUAAAGUUCCAUCGCAUGUGGGCGAAUACAGUUUGUCACCUGAGGGACAUUUUGAGAAUACUUCUGCGCGAAUUUGUUUUUUAAGUCAACCAGCGCUCAACCAACUUCCAUUUUCACUAGCCCGAUGUAACGAAGACAGGGAAGAACUUUCCAUACCCAAGCCCCGGUAUUUGGAUAAUUUAUUCUACUUUUUGCGGUGCUCGUUCGAAAACUUUGCGAAACGCAACGAUGAGGGACUUCUGCACAUAGAUGCGGAUAUUGUUUGCAGCCGUGAGACUUUACGGUUAAUCAUGUGCGCACCGUAUGAGUACAAAAAUAACUGGACUCUAGCCGUAAGCAAAUAUCGCAAUACGAUAUACAUGUGUCCGGUGCAAAAUACUGAACAACCUUUAUCGGUAGAUGUUGCACAGCAAAAAGAUUUAUUAAUGACAAAAUGGAUGAGAGCAUUGAAAAAACGUUGCCUGACCGCUGGAGUUGGCCCCAUUGGAAGUUCGGAUAGACCUCGAGAAAUCAAAUUAAAAGGCCAAUAUUAUUGUAUCUUCAGCACAGACAUUUGUGGCAUACAUGUGCUCUUCGAUGCGCCCAUUAUAGCAGAGCACUCGAUCAAUACAAUCUGCGGUUUGCCCAAAACCUUUGUGGAUCUGAAAUUGCGUUUGGAUAAAAUGAAACCCUGGGAAUGGUCUGAUCAUAAUCGCAAUGAGGUGCUCAAAUGGUGGGCCGAAUCUUUUCUAGCUGGCAUUGAAAAGAUUUAUAUAGCUUAUCAUGAUAAACAGGGAAACGUACACAAGAUUAUACACAGGAAGCUGCGUGAGCUGUGGCGGGAGUGUGAGCACGACUGGUCGCCUAAUAUAUGUGGACAUUUUCUACGGCGUUGCUUGGGCAACAUUAAAACGCUUUUGGCUGAUGUGGAUAGCGCCAGCACAGUUUAUCUCUUAGAAUACGAUGCUGAGAAUGGAAAUAUUAAAUAUAAAUAUGCGGAGGAACGAAGCGAAUAUACGUUUAUACCCGAUUGGUUCCGCUUGAUGAUGGAGGAGAGUUUGGAGCAUCUAAAUGCAGCGACUCAAUUUUCAGUAUAAACCGACUCUACUAUAUAUGGCUGACAAUCGAUUUUAAGCUUAAAUACAUAUACAUAUAUGGAAAUGUGUAUAAUAUAUUAAUUAUAAGAUGAAAGUAGAUUUUACGUUUAUUGACAGCAUUAAUUGAAUUUCAAGAAUCACACUAUUAAAUAAUUUAAUACACGUUA